GAGCUCGAACCUAAGAAAGGAAAAGGUGCAAACGAGCCGUAUCUGCUCUACUGUUAGCCUACAGCAGUCUUAUUGUGCUACCGUGUAAAGGGACAGAUGUACAGUUUGGAACACAACUUCAGCACUGCGUCAGCAGCAGGAAUCUUUGUGUCGGUGCGUGACAUUGUGACGCAAUAACGCGCGGACAAACCAUGUAGCAGGUCGCCUCGUUUUAUACUUUUAAGAUUUUUUUUGUAAGCUCGUAUGAGAUAAGGCUUAACCAGUGAAAGCGAUGUACAGUGUAUCUGAAACUAGUCCGGGAAGAUGAGGUGCCUGCAUGAGCUGCACUGUGGAUGUCAUUUAACGGGGGAAGAGCGAGAGGGACGCGGGACGUGCAGCGUGUAAAGCUGUUCCUAGACUUGUAGGAAUGUUGUAAAAAGAAAACGGAGCAGGAGGACUCAGGAAGAGAGAGAGAGAGAGAGAGAGAGAGAGAGGUUGCUAAACGUCGGGGAUAUUAUGGCUUUCCCAGUGAUCUUCCUCGUCUUGUUCGCCUUCACCAACUUGCGCCUGACGCACGGGAACAACCGCCAUGCCGUGUACUGGAACAGCUCCAAUAUCCAUUUACGGAGAGAGGGCUACACCGUGCAGGUCAACGUCAAUGACUACCUGGACAUCUACUGCCCGCACUACAACACCAGCCAGCGGGGGGUGCUAGAGCGAGGUGUGGCUGAGCAGUAUGUACUAUACAUGGUUAGCUAUCGUGGCUAUCGCACCUGUGACCCGCAGAUGGGCUUCAAGCGUUGGGAGUGCAACCGCCCACACGCACCACACGCACCAAUUAAAUUCUCUGAGAAGUUUCAACGCUACAGUGCCUUCUCGCUCGGCUAUGAGUUCAACGUGGGGCACGAGUAUUACUACAUAUCUACACCCACCCAUCAUCAUGGCCACAGCUGUUUAAGACUGAGGGUGUUUGUGUGCUGUUCUACACUAUCACAUGCAGGUGAUGAUGCAGACCAGAACCCUCCUGACUACACAACCAGACCUAAAAUACACAACAUUGAUGAGUUUGACCACAACAUCCCCAAACUGGAGAAGAGCGUCAGCGGCAGCAGUCCCUCUAGAGAUCGUCUGCUGAUGACCGUCGUGAUGUUGCUCCUGGGUUCGCUUCUCAUCUCCUAGCCACGGUCUCCCUUGUAACUUUUCAAACCUACUCAUAGAACUCAUAGGAAAAUAUAGCAGUAGAUCUCCUACACACUCAAACAGUGGCCUUUGGGACCGAGGGCUGGACAAAAAUGACUGAUCCCAAAAUGCCCUCAAUUGGAUGGAUGGUAGAUGGACAGAUGGUAGAUGGAUGGAUAGAUGAUUGAAUCUUUGUAUGUUGAUAUGUGAACUUGCCUUUUGCUGAAACAUCAGCUACAAUGUUCUCCUUAGGAUAAAAGAAUGAAGACGUUGAAUGGAAUAUUGAAGCAACUACACAACUACAUCUUCAUCUGGAUUUUAAAGGAGGCUCUGAGGGUCUCACGCUGCUCAUAUGUAAAGUGGACAUUAUUGGACAGUGUGAGCUUCUGAACUCCAGAACUGUGUUUGUACUAGAGGUAUCAAUAAGCAGCUUGGUGAUAAAGGCCAAGUAGAUCCUCUACACGAUUGCAUCCAGACGUACAAGAAGUCACAAUUUUGGUACUUUCGUAAAAAAUGCGUUCCCAGUGCAAUGGAACGAGGAAUUCUGCUUGCUCAUGUAUUUGCUAAAAUAUGAAAAUAUUGCUAAGCAACACAGGGUUAAGCCGGUCAUCACAUUCUUCAUGACCUCAUGACCUGUCUAAAUUCUCUUUCUACCAGUCAGACUUCCCAACAAAGUCUUUACAACGAAUGGGAAGCAAAUGAUAAAUUAAUGAACCUAUUUCCAGGUGAGUUCCUGUAAUGUUCUACCACCCAGGAAAUCCCCCUGUAGAAUAUCCCAUGCCCGAGAAGGCAUGUCACUGUUUAGCAUAGCGACCAUUUUGUAACAGGAUGUGAGUAGUAAAGUGCAGAUCACUGUUUUAUAUUAAAGAACCGCAGUUUGGAAACAUGCUUUACUGUACAGUUUACAUUUAGUAACAGAAUUCUUGUGUCAUUUGGUGCUUUAUUUAUUGAACGGUAUUUAUAUGUUUGGUAACUCGACUGACUCGAAGAUGAUCGGUGUGAGGAUCGAUAUACAGUGGAAAAAUGUCGUAGGACGAGAAUCAGAGAAACGGGACAUAGUCAACAACACAGAACUGUGGGAAAUUUUGUUUCUUCAGUGUUUCUGAUAAAGGAAUUUUUUUAUUUUGGUAUUUGUGUCUUUCCCCCAGGUAACGUGCAUAUCAUAUGAAUAUCACCUUCAUCGCUCUCUCUCUCUCUCUCUCUCUCUCUCUCUCUCUGUUCUUUAAUACAGUUUGUAUAUUUAGGGCAAGUGUCAGGAUUGCAUUUGAAAAGAGGUCAUUGAUUCAUUUUGCUGCACUUCUAUUCUUAUAUACAAGUUUAAGAGCUUGGCAAGAAUGUAUUUAAAUAUGUGUAUGUGUGUUACAAGUGUGCAUUUUUGGGGGAAUGUUGCAAGGGAGUGUGUGUGCAUUUCAGGAUUUUCAUACAUGUUUAGGUCCACAUUUGUAACUUUUCAAUAUGCAAGAGUGUGAGACACCGGGGCAGUUUUGUGGGAGAUAUUGACAGUAUUUAUUGUUGGAAACUAUAGUGCCAGUCAUGCUUACUUAUGAGUAGAAUGACUAAAACGUCAAGGAUUCAUGAAUGACAAUAAAAAAAUAAAUAAAACUGACAAUAAAACAUUGUACCUUUAAUUUGACUGCAGUCAUCAUUUGGAAAUGGAGAGAAGCAUAAAAGGGCAUUUCAUGUCAAUGACAAAAUUAUGUAUAUGCAUCUAACACUUUACUGUGCAUUAAAUGAAAUCUCUUUUUGUAUGACCUGAUGCUAUUUCUAGUCACAACACAAACUACCUGGUUUGUUUUCUUUGAGAAAAUUGAUUAAACAAAUAUAUAAAUACUUUCUGGA